AUGGCUGAAACUAAAAACGAUGAGUCAUCAGUGAAAUCAUCAUCGCCAACAUCACAUUUUGAAAUGAAGGGUGACGAUAUUAGCCCAGAUAAAGAUGAAGGUGUUCUGAAAGAAAUUUUAAAAGAAGGAUAUGACAAUGAACAACCAACAAGUAAUGAUAAAGUGUAUGUUCAUUAUGUUGGAAUGCUUCUCGAUGGCACAAAAUUUGAUUCAAGCCGAGAUCGGAAUGAAAAGUUUGAAUUUGAACUUGGAAAAGGAGCUGUAAUAAAAGCAUGGGAUAUUGGUGUUGCGACAAUGAAACGUGGUGAAAUAUGUCGACUUAUAUGCAAGCCCGAAUAUGCUUAUGGUAAAGCUGGAAGUGAUUCAAAAAUACCCCCAGAUGCAACACUCGUUUUUGAAAUUGAAUUAUUCGAUUUUAUUGGAGAAGACAUCAGUGAAGCUAAAGAUCAAAGUAUAGUUCGGCGUAUAUUGAGCAAAGGUGAAAGUUGGACUCGUCCAAAUGAUGGUGCAAAUGUCGAAGUGUUAUUGAAAGGGACGUAUGAAGGACGAGUGUUCGAUGAACGAACUGUUAAUUUUGUUAUUGGCGAGGGUUUUCUAAAAAAUAUUAUACCAGGAGUGGAACAUGCUAUAACAAAAAUGCUUAAAAACGAACGUUGUAAGAUUAAAGUGAAAUCUAAAGCAGCCUGGGAUAAAUCAGGCGAAAAGUCGUUUAAUAUUCCACCGCAUGCUAAUGUCGAGUAUGAAAUUUUAUUGAAAAACUUCGAAAAGGCUAAAGAUUCAUGGCAAAUGAAUGACACUGAAAAGCUUGAUCAAGGUGAAAUUUUAAAGAAAUCUGGUAGUUCAUUCUUCAAGGAUGGUCAUUUUCGUGUUGCAUUGAAAAAGUAUUCAACUAUUGUUGAUUACUUACAAAGCACCAAUUGUGAAAGUGAAAGCGAUAAAGAAAGAUGUCGUCAAUUAAAGCUAGCAGCAUAUUCGAAUAUUGCACUAUGUCAUUUAAAAUUAGAGCAAUAUAUCGAAUGCAUUCAUGCAUGUGAGAAAGCAUUAGAAUUAGAAGCUGAAAAUGAAAAAUGUUUGUUUCGUCGUGGUACAGCAUAUUUAGCAUUACAUGAAUUUGAUGUUGCGUUAAAAGACUUUCAACUAGUACUAAGCAUAAAUUCAUCAAAUUCAGCUGCUAAACAACAAACAGAAAAAUGUAAAGACAAAAUUAAACUACAUGCUGCAAAAGAAAAACGGUUAUAUGCCAAAAUAUUUGAAAAAUUAGCCAAAGAAAGUGAACAAGAAGAACCAAAACAAAGUGAAAAGACGAGUAAUGAUGAUAAAAGUGUAGAAGUUGAAAACGAACAUAAAACGUCCAAUGGAACAAGUGAAAAACAAAAUGAUGUUUAA